UCUCUCAUUUUUUUUUAUAUUUUGGUUGUUGAAAUUGUUCUUGAUCUCUGUUCUUCGUCAUGUCUAAUGAAACCAAAGAUCUUAAAAACUAUCACUACACUUCAUCGUAUAAUCAUUACAACACCAACCAAAAUAUUGUUAAUCUCCCUUACGUUUCUGGUCCAUCCACUUAUAAUGCAAACAUGGUCUCAUCACAAAUCAGUUCUGAUCUACACUCGAGUCCUCAAGGAGCGUACGGAUCGGGUUUCGAGCUCUCGCCAACUUUGAACGAGUUUUUAUAUUCUUCGAUCGAUCAAGAAAAUGGUUUUUAUAAUGCUUAUACUUAUAACAACUGUCAAAAGGGUGAUGAAGUUGUCGGUGGUGGUGGUGCAAUCAUUAAGAGUGAAAGUAGGGUUUCUGCAUCUCCUUCUUCGAGUGAGGCCGAUCAUCAUCACGUUGAAGAUUCCGGCAAGAGCCUGAGGAAAAGAGAAGCUGCCGAUGGAGGAGAAGCUGAUCAACGUUCUCAGAAAGUGGUUAAAACAAAGAAGAAAGAGGAGAAGAAGCAAAGAGAGCCACGAGUCUCGUUUAUGACUAAGACCGAAAUUGAUCAUCUCGAAGACGGCUAUCGUUGGAGAAAGUACGGCCAAAAAGCAGUCAAAAACAGUCCUUAUCCGAGGAGUUACUAUAGAUGCACGACGCAGAAAUGCAACGUGAAGAAGAGAGUUGAGAGGUCUUACCAGGAUCCAACGGUCGUGAUCACAACCUACGAAAGUCAACACAACCAUCCGAUCCCGACCAGUCGCCGCAUGGGAACGUUCUCUGGACCCGCCGCAUCUGAAUAUAACUCAUCGUCGCUAUCUCCAGUUUCCGAUUUCAUCAUCAACAAUACUCCAAGAAGCUUCUCCCAUGAUGAUCUCUUCCGUGCGCCAUACGCUAGUGUGAAUGUUAACCCUAAUUAUCAGCAACAACAAAACCAAGAUAUUCUCCGUGAGAGUGAGUUCGAGUUUUUGAAGGAGAUGUUUCCUUCGGUUUUCUUCAAGCAAGAACCUUGAUAAUAUAUAGCUAUAAUAUUACAUAGAAACAAUUCGAUCGGAUACAUAAUAAGGGAUGGUGUAUUGGUGUUUAUUUAUUUUUGCUUGUAUAUAUAUAUUUUUUUGAGACUAUAUAGGAUAUAUAAUGUAGAAAUGUUAGGCAUGGAUAUGGAGUCUCUUUCAAGUUAUUAUUAAAAUAAAUUUAUU